AUGGGAGAUGAUCCAGCUCAUCGUAGAGCAAAGGCUUUCAAACCUGGAAAACCCUUUUUCAUGGUUACCAUGUCUCCUACAUAUGUCCAUGCACGUUAUCUGCAUCUGCCAUCUGCAUUUGCCAAGGAGCAUCUCAAAGAGCAGCCCAGCGAAGUCCGUCUUCGAGAUUCAAAUGAGAUAAAAUGGCCAGUCGAGUUCCGUCAUUCCACAAGGGCCCGCUUCAGAGUUGGUUGGUGGGAAUUUGUGCAAGGCAACAACUUGAAAGUGGGAGAUGUGUGUGUCUUUGUGUUGAUUGAAAAAAGUGAAUUCUUAUUUGAUGUCCACUUUUUUCCGCAGCACAUAGAAGUUGCACAUCACAAAACUUGA